AUGAAGAGCUGCCAGGAUGGCGCCUUGCUGGACGACUUCGGCGCCUUCACCGCCUCGGGGCAGACGAAAGCGGCCGCCGCGGCGCUAGCCCGCUUCGUGCGCAGCCAGGACAUGGACCUGGCUUCAUGGCUUGCUCCGGAUUGGGUCUGGCUCCCACGGAGCCACGAGGUGAUCUUGACGAGCGCCACCGCUGGCUGGUGCUCCGGCUACAUCACAGAGCCACAUCUCGUCUCCUUCUCUUGGCCUGCGGACCAUCUCGUGCGUGCGCAGCCGAGGCGGCCGAAGCUCGACUUUGGUCUCGGCCUCGGCCCACCGUGCGCGACCACCAGGGAAGCUCGCUGGAGCGGCCUCUUUGGCACAGCCACGCUCUGCGAGCGCAGCGUGAAGCGCUGCGAGGGCGCUGAGCGGGAGCGGCAUCCCAGGCUGGCUCUGGUGGAGGAGCGCUUUGACUUUCGCGCGCAGACGCCGUCCUCGCAGCUCCCGUUGUUGCCUCGCUGGCUCCUGGAGGAGGACCUGCCGGGCCUGGGCAUCGUUUUUGGGCCUUCGGGCAGCGGAAAGACCACCGUCUUGCAGCAGUUUCAGGAGAUCGCCGCUUCCGUCUGCCCACCCUCCGUCUCCGUACCGACUUCACAAGGUCUCCCGCCGGAGGUGCGCGAGACGCUUGGCCUCGUGGAGGAACCGCAUAGUGCGGGUGAGCUCCACCGGUAUGCUGUCGCGGAUUCCCUGUGGAACGGUGGGAGCACGGUGGUCUUGGACGAGCUUGGCUCUCAGCUCGAUGCUGCAUCUCGCCGUCGGUUCUGUGCAGGCCUGCGAAAGCUUCUGCAAAAGGAGCCACUGUCGUUCAAGCGUGUGGUGGCUGCGACCUUGCACCCCGACGUGGUGGAUUUGCUAAAACCGCAGUGGAUGCUGGACACCGCCUCUGCUACGCUUUGGCUGAGCCCGGCGGAUCCUGAGAUGGGCCAGGAGUCUUCAAGCGAGCAACCGGGCGACAGCGAGAUGCCACGCUUUGAGGCCGAGCAGGUGCGAAAGAGCUUCGGGCAGCCCAUGCUGAAGCUGAGGGUGUCCCUGCUGGAUGCCGAUGGAGCCAGGGCUUGGCGGCGCUUUGCCCGGCACCACUACCUGAGCUCCCAGCUCAGCCCGGCCGCCAGCUGCGCCGAAGUGCAUUGGGGAGACGAGCCCGUGGCCUUUCUGGCCCUGCUGCCACGGGAAGCCGCCAGCGGCUCGACGGAGUGUCGAGAGCAUCGCCUCGUCGUGCUCCCCGACACGGCGGCGCGGCGAGCUGCAGCGCCUCCGCCUCCUCUCGGCUCCGAGACUCCGAGGCGCUUGGGGCUUUCCGAGUUCCUGGCGGAGGUGGCGAAAACAACCCAAGGACCUAACGGCAACGACCGUUUAAAGGGCCCACGCAUUCUUUCCUCCACGGCUUCGCCCCCUUCAGAGCUUUGGCUGCGCGCCUCCACAGCGGUAUUUCUCCAGCACCGCCCACUUCCACCUGGGCUCUGCCCGCGCUCGAAGUCCUCUCUGGGCCUCCACCUUCUGGGAUGGGAGCGAAGCCGGGAGGCCCGGGGACACGCGGCUGCUCUUCAAGCACGUGUAUGUGGGAAAGGCAGCGAGCCACGGCGCGAGCCACGGCGCGAGCGGUUCAACUCGCGCCGCCUUGCCGGAAGGCGAUCGCCAGGAGGGCACUGCAGUCCUGCGGCCCAAGAAGCUGAAGCGCCGUGGCCGGCAAGAGGAAAGCACUGA